AUCACUUUGAAGAGAUGUACAAGGUGACGCUUCAGCUUAAUCAGACCUACUACGUUAUUCCCAAAGGUGAAUGUCUGCCCUACUUCAGCUUCAGUGAAAUAGCCAAGAAAGGAGUUGAGGGUUCAUACAGUGAUAAUCCAAUCAUUCGACAUGCUUCAGUUGCUAACAAGUGGAAAACUAUCCACCUCAUAAUGCACAGUGGCAUGAAUACAACCGUGAUCUAUUUCAACCUUACGUUUCUAAAUAAAAAUGAUGAAGAGUUUAAAAUGCAGAUAGCUGUUGAAGCUGAUACUAGGGAGGAACCAAAACUGAACACAACGUCCACGGAAAAAUCCAACUCUGAUUUUAAAACUGUAACUUCAGUACCGGAAGCUGAAAUGAUAUUUGAGGAUAUUCCUGAAGAAAAACGCUUUCCAAAAGUCAGGAGACAUCGAAAUGGCACAAAAGAGAGUCUACAUGAAGAGGUGAUAAUACCAGCAGUAAACGUGUCUCUCCUUCCUGAAGAUGUUCAGCUAGCACUGCAAAACCUGGACUUAAAACUGCUAAAUGGUGAUAUCACUCAGAAAGGAUAUAACCGAUCCAAGGCUGCUCUCCUGAGACCUUUCCAGUUCUUAGCUACUGUGAAGAGUAUUAUAGGCUUGGAAAAGAAGAGUGUGCAUAAUCAUUCAGAAGAUCAGAAGAACCAUACGAGCUGGCAUGAGCCUCAUAAAGAUGUAAAUGUUAGCAAAACGAACACUGUAAAAUCAAAUGAAGUUCCUUCAAGGCUUACAGGAACAAAGGCGACUGUUGUGACGAUGAACACAAAUAAACCUCUUUAUAAAGUAAAGCUUAAAUCCACAGUUCCUUCCCAGAGCAUGGGAAAUAAAAAUGAAACUCGAGAAAAAGUAUUAAAUGCACUCAUAUUAAGGGAAACCCAAAAAUCAAAACACACUGGGAAUUUAGGUACUGGAGAGGACGCACAAGGAACGGAAGGAGCAAAGGGGCGUGUGCAGAUGGAUACAAAUGUAAGGGAGGUGCUAGUGGGAAGAAAAUUGCAGUCUUAUGCUGGAAGCUACCAAGGCUUUUUGCCAUGGGAGAAAAAGAAGUAUUUCCAGGACCUUCUUGAUGAAGAAGAGUCAUUACUCAAACAAAUGUCAUACUUCACUGAUGGUAAACAUUUUGGAAGACAGCUGAAAGAUACGUUUGCUGAUUCCCUUCGCUAUGUAAAUAAGCUUUUAAACAGCAAAUUUGGAUUUACGUCUCGGAAAGUCCCUGCUCAUAUGCCUCACAUGAUUGACCGCACUGUUAUGCAAGAGCUACAGGAUAUGUUUCCUGAGGAGUUUGACAAGACAUCAUUUCACAAAGUACGGCACUCAGAAGACAUGCAGUUUGCUUUUUCAUAUUUCUACUAUCUUAUGAGUGCAGUCCAGCCACUGAACAUUUCUCAGAUCUUCGAUGAGGUUGACACAGACCAGUCAGGCAUUUUGUCUGACCGAGAGAUUCGCACGUUGGCCACGAGAAUCCAUGAACUACCAUUAAGUUUGCAGGAUUUGACAGGUCUAGAACAAAUGCUAAUAAAUUGCUCUAAAGCUCUUCCUGCCAACAUCACUCAGAUCCAUGUCAUUCCACCAACUCAGGAAGCAUAUUAUGAUCCCAAUCUGCCUCCAGUAACAAAAAACCUAGUGACUAAUUGUAAACCUGUGACUGACAGAAUUCGUAAGGCGUACAAGGACAAAAACAAAUACAGGUUUGAAAUCAUGGGAGAAGAGGAAAUUGCCUUCAAAAUGAUUCGCACAAAUGUUUCUCAUGUAGUUGGUCAGCUGGAUGACAUACGAAAAAAUCCCAGGAAGUUUGUUUGCCUAAAUGACAAUAUUGAUCACAAUCAUAAGGAUGCUCAGACCGUGAAAGCGGUGCUUCGGGAUUUCUAUGAAUCAAUGUUUCCCAUACCUUCCCAAUUUGAACUGCCAAGAGAAUAUCGGAAUCGCUUCCUUCACAUGCAUGAACUGCAAGAAUGGAGGGCAUAUAGAGACAAGCUCAAAUUCUGGACCCAUUGUGUUCUAGUAACACUUAUUGUAUUUACAGUCAUCUCAUUUUUUGCUGAACAGCUAAUUGCACUUAAACGGAAGUUUUUUCCAAGGAGAAGGAUCCAAAAGGAAGUUGGUCAUGAACGAAUCAAAGUGUAGAAGAGCUUUAUUUUGGAGAUCAGUCUACCUCAAGAUGUGCUAAGCAUUUAAACUUUGUCUCUCAUAAGUGUCUUUUAUGAUUUGACAUUUAACGACAUUGAUAUGAUUAAAAAAAAAAUCAUGCAUCUACAGUUACUCUUCAUAAUAUACAAGCUGCUGGAGCUGUGACAGUGCAAAACAACAAAAGAAAUGCAGAAAACUUGUACAUAGGAAGUUUUCAACAGAUCUUACUUUACAACUGUUAGUUCAUGGCCGUGUUAUCCUUUUUUAUAAAAAGGGUUACCUAAAGAAAUGUAGCUGCAUUUAUUGCAGUGGAUGUUGCCAACUAGAUAAACCGUUGGAAGGCAAAGUUGUUUGGGAUCAACUGAACAGGUCCUUGAUCUUGCAUUCCGAAACAUCUUGCAAAUUUUUGUCGCUGCU